CAUACGAAUAUUAAAAACUGGCAACAGCUACUACAGCAGAAAACUGUUUGUAAAUAAGAAAACGAAAAGAGAAAUUUGAUGUCUGUUAUCUCCUAACCUGUGUCAAAAAAACUGUAAUAAUGUUUUCAGACUGUUAAAAUAAUUUGCUUUUCGAAAAGCUACUUAUUGCAAUUUAAUCAUGACCCUUGGAAAAACUUUUCGUGUAUAUCAUCGUACUAAACAUGAGGGAGGAGGCUCAUAUUUUAUUUUGUUAGAGCAAAGAAAUAAAAAUGAUGCUCUCAUCUUUGAAGAUGGAUAUAUUCGUGUUUUAUCCUCUGAUGAAUUUGAAAGCUUAAAAAAAAGUUGUUCCAGACUUCCUGAUGCUUAUGGCUGUUUAGGAGUUCUACAAAUGUAUCAAGGUAAACUAAGUUGCUGGUUGCCUAAAAAGACUGGCUAAAGUUUUCCUUUUCUU